AUUCAAACGGUCCGGCGCUUGGGCAGCCCGGACGUCAAAAACGAAUUCGAAAUUCGAGUUUUUAGAAAAACGCGGAAAGGCCGUCUUUCGGGUAAUAUUGGGACGUAGUUUUUUUUUUACUGAAUAACAAAUAGGUACCGCGAUUUAUUGUGCCAGUGAAAAUGUGUGAACAGUGUGUCCAGCGUUAAAAGGAAUACGGAUGCUCAAUUGACCUGUUUAUUCUUCAAUGGAGUGCGGAUUAGCUGUGAAGUAUUGACAGGAGGUUGAAAUCGUCAAUUCAAAAUGGCGGAAGCUGAGGGCGGGGCGAGCGAGCAAGAUGACGUUUCCUUCUUACGAACGGAAGACAUGGUGUGCCUCUCGUGUACCGCUACCGGGGAACGCGUGUGCCUCGCAGCUGAAGGAUUUGGAAACCGGCACUGCUUCCUGGAGAACAUCGCGGACAAGAACAUACCACCCGAUCUGUCGCAAUGCGUCUUCGUCAUAGAACAGGCGUUAUCAGUGAGAGCUCUCCAAGAAUUGGUGACGGCGGCCGGAUCGGAAACCGGCAAGGGCACUGGAUCCGGUCACAGGACACUGCUUUACGGAAACGCGAUCCUUUUGAGACAUCUCAACAGUGAUAUGUACUUGGCGUGCUUGUCGACAUCAUCAUCUCAAGACAAACUGGCUUUCGACGUUGGUCUCCAAGAGCACUCCCAGGGUGAAGCGUGCUGGUGGACAUUGCAUCCGGCCAGUAAACAAAGAUCGGAGGGUGAAAAAGUGCGAGUGGGAGAUGAUUUGAUUCUUGUAUCUGUUGCCACUGAGAGAUAUUUGCACACAACUAAAGAGAAUGAAGUAUCGAUCGUCAAUGCCUCGUUUCACGUGACACACUGGUCGGUCCAGCCAUACGGAACCGGCAUCUCGAGGAUGAAAUACGUCGGCUACGUCUUCGGGGGAGACGUUCUACGUUUCUUCCACGGAGGAGACGAAUGCCUUACAAUACCUAGCACUUGGACUCGGGAUGGAGGACAGAAUAUUGUAGUAUACGAAGGCGGAUCGGUCAUGUCACAAGCUCGUUCGCUAUGGCGUUUGGAACUAGCUCGUACCAAAUGGGCCGGAGGCUUUAUCAACUGGUACCAUCCAAUGAGGAUUCGGCACAUCACUACGGGUCGAUACUUGGGUGUUAACGACCAGAAUGAACUCCAUUUGGUCAGCAGAGAGGAAGCCACAACCGCUUCCUGCGCCUUUUGUCUUCGUCAAGAAAAAGAUGAUCAGAAACAAGUGCUUGAAGAUAAAGAUUUGGAAGUGAUCGGAGCGCCAAUUAUUAAAUACGGUGACUCAACAGUAAUUGUGCAGCACUCUGAAACUGGCUUGUGGCUUUCAUAUAAGUCUUACGAAACAAAGAAGAAAGGCGUCGGUAAAGUAGAAGAGAAACAAGCCAUACUACACGAAGAAGGUAAAAUGGACGACGGCCUUGAUUUCUCCAGGUCCCAAGAAGAAGAGUCGAGGACCGCCAGAGUCAUCAGGAAGUGUUCUUCUUUAUUCACUAAGUUCAUCAAUGGCCUUGAAACUCUUCAAGAAAACAGAAGACACUCGAUGUUCUUCGCGUCCGUGAACUUAGGAGAGAUGGUGAUGUGCUUGGAGGAUCUUAUAAACUAUUUCGCACAGCCCGAUGAGGACAUGGAACACGAAGAAAAGCAAAACAAGUUCCGUGCUCUUCGAAACCGCCAAGAUCUUUUCCAAGAGGAGGGUAUCCUGAAUUUAAUCCUGGAAGCAAUCGACAAGAUCAACGUGAUCACGUCCCAGGGAUUCCUUGCUGGGUUCCUAGCUGGAGACGAAUCGGGACAGAGCUGGGAAAUGAUCUCUGGAUACCUUUAUCAGCUUUUAGCUGCUAUUAUAAAAGGAAACCACACGAACUGCGCACAGUUCGCAAACUCCAACCGUCUGAACUGGUUGUUCUCUAGACUCGGCUCACAGGCAUCUGGCGAAGGAACUGGGAUGCUGGACGUGUUGCAUUGCGUGCUCAUAGACUCGCCUGAAGCCUUGAAUAUGAUGAGGGAUGAGCACAUAAAAGUAAUCAUAAGCUUAUUAGAAAAGCACGGGCGUGACCCGAAAGUUCUCGACGUGCUGUGCUCGCUGUGCGUCGGCAACGGAGUGGCCGUGCGCUCGUCCCAGAACAACAUCUGCGACUACUUGCUGCCAGGGAAGAACUUGCUACUGCAGACUCAGCUAGUAGACCACGUUUCCAGUGUGCGACCGAACAUUUUCGUGGGCCGCGUCGAAGGAUCAGCAGUGUACCGUAAAUGGUACUUCGAAGUGACGAUGGACCACAUCGAGAAAACCACGCACAUGAUGCCCCAUCUGCGCAUAGGAUGGGCUAACACUUCUGGAUACGUACCGUAUCCUGGUGGUGGCGAAAAGUGGGGCGGUAACGGUGUCGGUGAUGAUUUGUAUUCCUUUGGUUUCGAUGGAGCAUAUUUGUGGUCUGGUGGCAGGAAAACCCCGGUUAAUCGCACUCACCACGAAGAACCUUAUAUCAGAAAAGGCGAUGUGAUUGGGUGCGCUCUGGACUUGAACGUUCCUUUAAUCAACUUCAUGUUCAACGGCGUCAGGGUGACCGGAUCUUUCACCAACUUCAACUUGGAAGGCAUGUUCUUCCCCGCCAUCAGCUGCUCAAGUAAAUUAAGUUGUCGGUUUCUAUUCGGCGGCGAACAUGGUCGUCUGCGUUACGCGGCUCCCGAGGGAUACUCUCCGCUGGUUGAGUCGCUGCUUCCGCAACAGAUCCUCAGUCUCGAACCCUGCUUCUAUUUUGGCAACCUCAACAAGAGGGCUCUAGCUGGACCAUCUUUAGUUCAAGAUGAUACCGCAUUUGUGCCUACACCGGUUGAUACGAUGACGAUAUCUCUGCCAACAUACGUGGAACAAAUCAGGGAUAAGCUAGCCGAAAAUAUUCACGAAAUGUGGGCUAUGAAUAAGAUUGAAGCCGGCUGGAUGUACGGUGAUCAGCGCGACGACAUACAUAAGAUCCAUCCUUGCUUGGUGCCCUUCGAGCGACUACCACCUGCUGAGAAGAGAUACGAUAUCCAACUAGCUGUGCAAACAUUGAAAACAAUUCUUGCGCUUGGCUACUACAUUACUUUGGAUAAGCCACCAGCACGUAUCCGCAACGUCCGACUUCCAAACGAACCAUUUUUACAGUCAAACGGCUAUAAACCAGCACCUUUAGACCUUGGUGCUGUUACUCUGACACCCAAAAUGGAUGAACUAGUGGACCAAUUAGCUGAGAAUACUCACAAUCUUUGGGCCAGGGAAAGAAUACAACAAGGUUGGACUUACGGUCUCAAUGAGGAUCCGGAGAUGCAUCGCUCCCCUCACUUAGUGCCGUAUCCUAAAGUUGAUGAUGCCAUAAAAAAAGCCAACCGAGACACCGCGUCUGAAACUGUCCGAACUUUAUUGGUUUACGGAUAUAAUCUGGAUCCGCCCACUGGAGAACAGCAUGAAGCUCUACUAGCGGAGGCUUCUAAGCAGAAACAAGCUGAUUUCAGAACCUACAGGGCGGAAAAGAACUACGCCGUUAGUUCUGGGAAAUGGUAUUUCGAAUUUGAAAUAUUAACGGCUGGGCCAAUGAGGGUUGGUUGGGCUCAUGCUGACAUGGCUCCGGGCAUGAUGUUGGGACAAGACGAGAAUUCUUGGGCGUUCGACGGAUACAACGAGGAAAAGGUAUACUCCAGUAGCACAGAAGCCUUCGGCAAGCAAUGGGCAGUCGGUGAUGUGGUUGGCGUGUUCCUUGAUCUCAUCGAUAAGACGAUAAGUUUCUCUCUUAACGGAGAGCUUCUGAUGGAUGCCCUUGGCGGGGAGACGACAUUCGCAGAUGUCCAAGGCGAUAAUUUCGUGCCGGCUUGCACACUUGGGGUCGGGCAGAAGGCCAGGUUGACAUACGGACAAGACGUGAACACUCUAAAAUACUUCACGACCUGCGGUCUUCAAGAGGGAUACGAACCUUUCUGUGUCAACAUGAAAAGAGAUGUCACUCAUUGGUACACAAAAGACCAGCCCAUCUAUGAAAACACAGAUGAAAUGGCCGACACAAGAAUCGAUGUAACCAGGAUACCAGCUGGAUCAGAGACUCCACCGUGUCUGAAAAUAUCUCACAACACAUUCGAAACGAUGGAAAAAGCCAACUGGGAGUUUCUGCGUUUGUCUCUACCGGUCAUUUGCCAUUCGCAGUUUAUAGAUGAAUCAGAGAAAGCACGACGCUGGGUAGAGAUUAAGGAACGUCAGCAGAUCCUCAUGAAAGAGGCCACCGAAGCUCAGAUACCAGCUCACAUCGACCAAAUCAUGAGGAGUGGAUUUACUAUGAAUGACAUAAAAGGUCUGCACUACGAAGACAAUCAAGAAGAGAUCCAGAGCUCCAAAGUGAAACGUCAGCCGUCCAGACCACCACGUAAGGGUUCAGUCACACGCGGUGUCACGAUACAGAAUUACAAUACACCAUCAGGACAACAAGUAAAUGGAAUUCAUCGGUCCACCAGUGAAGCAGAAAUGGCGAAAUAUGAAUUAGGCGCUCAAACUUUAGCGCCAGAUGAGAAGAAAGAUAAAAGAGGACGUUCUCCUUUCAAAUUUUUCAAGAGCAAACGUGCCGAGAGCAGUGAUCGCGCCAAAAUCCGCAAGUCCAAAACUCCAGAUCCCUUCAGUGACACCGAACUGUCUCCUGACAGGGGGACGAAGAGACCCAACCCUCAGAUCAAGGUGUCUCAGCCGAACCAAAGGUAUAAUAAUGGCACGCAGCCCCGAGCAAGCAGACCCAACUUGUAUGGAAGUCAAAGCGGUCUUAACAUGGCGACUCCAACUCAGGAGAGAAAGCAGUUAAUGACAACCACGAAUCUGUCGGCCGCUGCGACGGAGACCGUCGGCAACGAGAUAUUCGACUCCGAGUGCUUAAAGCUCAUUAAUGAAUACUUCUACGGGGUCAGAAUAUUCCCUGGCCAAGACCCAACUCACGUGUACAUUGGGUGGGUGACCACUCAGUACCAUCUGCACUCGAAAGACUUCAACCAAAACAAGGUGAUGAAGUCAUCAGUCAUCAUCACCGACGACUACGACCGGGUCAUUGAAAGCGUAAACCGUCAGUCCUGCUACAUGGUGCGAGCUGAUGAGCUUUACAACGAAGUGAUGGCGGAAGCUACGGCCAAGGGCGCGUCCCAAGGAAUGUUUAUUGGAUGUUCAGUGGACACUUCCACCGGGACUGUAGCGUUCACAUGCGAGGGAAAAAGCACUAGCAUUAAAUUCAAGAUGGAGCCAGAGACCAAAUUAUUCCCGGCGAUCUUCGUCGAAGCGACAUCGAAAGAGAUCCUCCAGAUAGAGCUGGGCAGGUCUCCGACAAGUCUACCGCUAAGUGCCGCGGUGCUACCAACGAGCGACAAGCACGUCACGCCGCAGUUCCCGCCCAGGCUGAAAGUGCAGUGUCUCAAGCCGCAUCAGUGGGCUAGAGUACCAAAUUCAUCGUUGCAAGUGCACGCUCUAAAGCUGUCUGACAUACGAGGCUGGUCGAUGCUGUGCGAAGACGCAGUUUCUAUGCUCGCAUUGCACAUACCAGAGGAAGACCGGUGCAUCGACAUAUUGGAGCUUAUCGAAAUGGAUAAGCUGUUGAGCUUCCACUCGCACACCCUCACGUUAUAUGCAGCUUUAUGCUACCAAAGCAACUACAGGGCUGCCCACGCUUUAUGCCAGCAUGUAGAUCAAAAGCAAUUGUUAUACGCCAUCAAGUCCCAGUACAUGUCCGGGCCACUGCGCCAGGGUUUCUACGAUCUACUCAUUGCUCUACAUUUAGAAUCGCACGCAACCACGAUGGAAACCUGCAAGAAUGAAUUUGUGAUACCCCUGGGGCCGGAGCUGAAGGUUCUGUACGACGAGCCCGACAUGGGGCACAGCCUCCGCUCGCUGCAGACGGAGAGCGUCAGACCGCAGUUGGAAAUGACCGAUAUCACGGAAAAAAGUAUAAUGGACAUAAGUAAUCUGUACUCUCCGAAGUUCCCUCUGGAAGUUGUCCGUGAAUUCGUGAUGCAGGCACUCGCGGAGGCCGUGGAAACUAACCAGGUCCACAACAGAGAUCCGGUCGGUGGAAGCAACGAGAAUCUCUUCCUGCCGCUAAUUAAGCUCGUGGACCGUCUACUCCUGGUCGGAAAAAUGCGCGACGAAGACGUUGAGAAACUUCUCAUCAUGAUCAACCCCGAGACCUGGGAUCCAACGUUCAAUAAAGAAGGCAAAGACGAACACCGAAAAGGACUUCUUCACAUGAAAAUGGCUGAAGGCGCUAAACUGCAAAUGUGUUAUUUGCUCCAACAUCUGAACGACAUGCAGCUACGUCACAGGGUUGAAUCUAUAGUGGCUUUUGCACAUGACUUUGUCGGGGACCUGCAGUCCGACCAGUUGAGACGCUACACUGAGAUCAAGCAGUCAGAUUUACCGAGUGCGGUUGCAGCCAAGAAGACCAGAGAAUUCCGUUGUCCUCCUAGGGAACAGAUGAACGCAAUCCUGAGUUUCAAACAUCUUGAAGAUAUCGAUAAGGAGAACUGUCCUUGUGGCGAAGAACUCAUCGCUAGGAUGAACGGCUUCCACGAAAGUCUCAUGGUCCACGUAUCUCUAAACGCCCUGCAAGAACCUGAUCCUGAGGAGCCCACUGAACCAGAAAUAAAGCCGGGGGCCAUUAAUAAAUUAUAUAGCCUUAUAAAUACCGUCAAGGAACUAGAAGAGGAACCCAAGACAUUAGAGGAACCAGCCAAGAAGACUCCGGAGGAACGUUUCCGGAAAGUACUCAUACAGACGAUCGUGAAUUGGGCGGAGGAAUCGCAGAUUGAGACUCCCAAGUUAGUCAGGGAGAUGUUUAGCCUACUGGUUCGCCAGUAUGACGCCGUAGGAGAACUGAUCCGAGCUCUCGAAAAGACUUACGUCAUCAAUGCGAAGACCAAGCAGGACGUGGCCGAGAUGUGGGUGGGACUCAGUCAGAUCAGAGCCCUGCUCCCGGUGCAAAUGAGUCAAGAAGAGGAGGAACUCAUGAGGAAAAGGCUUUGGAAACUGGUCAACAACCACACUUUCUUCCAGCAUCCAGAUCUGAUAAGAGUAUUGAGGGUACACGAAAACGUGAUGGCUGUAAUGAUGAAUACUUUGGGAAGGAGAGCCCAAGCGCAGUCUGAUGCUGCACCGAACCAGCCGCUUGCCGAGGAUACCAAGGAGAAGGACACUUCGCAUGAAAUGGUUGUGGCCUGUUGUCGAUUCCUCUGCUACUUCUGUCGCACCGGUCGUCAGAAUCAAAAAGCCAUGUUCGAUCACUUUGACUUCUUGCUGGAGAACUCCAAUAUUCUACUGUCGAGACCUUCGUUGCGAGGUUCGACUCCUUUGGAUGUUGCCUACUCCAGUUUGAUGGAGAACACGGAAUUGGCUUUAGCUUUGAGGGAGCACUAUCUUGAGAAAAUAGCGGUAUACCUUUCUCGUUGUGGACUACAGAGCAACUCUGAGUUAGUGGAAAAGGGGUAUCCAGACCUUGGAUGGGAUCCGGUAGAAGGCGAGAGAUAUUUGGACUUCCUGAGAUUUUGUGUUUGGGUAAAUGGUGAAAGCGUAGAAGAAAACGCCAACUUAGUGAUCCGCUUGCUAAUCAGGCGGCCGGAGUGUCUUGGCCCGGCCCUUCGGGGAGAAGGCGAAGGUCUACUGAAGGCUAUUGUGGACGCGAACAAAAUGAGCGAAAGGAUCGCAGAUAGAAGAAAACUAAGAGAGAUAGAACAGGAAGGGGAUAUUAAUAUAGGGCUAUCAGGUCACCGAGAGAAGAGAUUCAGCCAUCCACUCCCGGAGUCGGACGACGACGAGGAUUACAUCGAUACUGGAGCGGCCAUACUUAACUUCUACUGCACCCUGGUCGAUCUGCUGGGGCGCUGUGCUCCGGAUGCGGCAGUAAUUGCUCUUGGUAAGAACGAGUCGCUUCGGGCCCGUGCCAUUCUGCGCUCCUUGGUACCGUUGGAAGAUCUUCAAGGAGUGCUCAGUCUUCGGUUCACCCUCAACAAUCCCGCUGCCGGUGAAGAGAGACCCAAGUCCGACAUGCCAUCCGGACUAAUCCCGGGACACAAGCAGAGCGUCGGACUUUUCUUAGAACGAGUCUAUGGCAUCGAGACCCAAGAGCUUUUCUACAAGCUUCUCGAAGAAGCUUUCUUGCCAGACUUGAGAGCUGCCACUAUGCUAGACAGGAACGACGGCUGCGAAUCGGACAUGGCGCUUUCAAUGAACCGGUACAUCGGGAAUUCGAUCCUCCCGCUGCUGAUCAAACACGCCAACUUCUACAACGAAGCCGAGAACUACGCCAGUCUGCUGGACGCCACGCUGCACACCGUCUACAGAUUAUCCAAAAACCGCAUGCUGACAAAAGGCCAACGUGAGGCUGUCUCCGACUUCUUGGUGGCUCUGACGUCAGCGAUGCAGCCCUCCAUGCUGUUGAAGCUGCUGAGGAAGCUCACGGUUGACGUCUCGAGACUGUCCGAGUACACCACCGUGGCUCUCAGACUCCUGACGCUGCACUACGAACGUUGCGCCAAGUACUACGGCAGCACUGGUGGGCAGGGAAUAUACGGAGCAUCUUCUGAUGAGGAGAAGCGUCUCACCAUGAUGCUCUUCUCUAACAUCUUCGAUUCCCUCAGCAAGAUGGACUACGAACCCGAGCUGUUUGGGAAAGCUUUACCCUGUCUCAUCGCUAUAGGCUGUGCUCUACCACCAGACUACUCUCUAUCGAAGAAUUACGACGAUGAAUUCUAUGGAAAGGAGCAAGCAUCAGUAGGCUCCGACAACCCGCAGUACGAUCCCCAGCCGAUCAACACCUCAUCAGUCGCCCUGAACAACGACUUGAACACGAUCGUGCAGAAGUUCUCCGAGCAUUACCACGACGCCUGGGCCUCCAGGAAAAUUGAGAACGGCUGGGUGUACGGCGAGUCUUGGUCAGACAGCCAGAAGACGCAUCCACGACUGAAGCCUUACAACAUGCUCAAUGACUAUGAGAAAGAGCGGUACAAAGAACCGGUCCGCGAGUCGCUGAAGGCACUUCUGGCUCUGGGCUGGUCCGUGGAACAUUCCGACGUAGACCUGCCCGCCAACAGUCGCGGCUCUGUGCGAAGACAGUCCAAGUCCGGACUGCGUUCGUCUGAAUUACCGACCGACUCAGCAACCCCUUUCAACUACAACCCUCACCCCGUGGACAUGACGAAUCUGACGCUGUCCAGAGAAAUGCAGAACAUGGCCGAGAGACUGGCUGACAACGCACAUGACAUCUGGGCUAAGAAGAAAAAAGAAGAACUAGUUACUAAUGGAGGGGGAAUCCAUCCUCAACUAGUUCCUUACGACCUCCUAACUGAUAAAGAAAAGAAGAAAGACCGAGAACGCUCACAGGAGUUCCUCAAGUACCUCCAAUAUCAGGGCUAUAAGCUGCACAGGCCAAGCAAAAUCCCGCAGAGCGACACGGAACAGACCUCUGCCGGAGUGGCAAUAGAGCUGAGAUUCGCUUACUCGUUGCUAGAAAAGUUGAUCCAGUACAUAGACAGGGCUACAAUCAACAUGAAACUCCUGAAGCCAUCGACGACGUUCAGUCGUAGAAGCAGCUUCAAGACAAGCACCAGAGAUAUAAAGUUCUUCUCGAAAGUGGUUCUCCCUCUAAUGGAGAAGUACUUCUCGACCCAUCGCAACUACUUCAUAGCGGUUGCAACUGCCACCAAUAAUGUGGGAGCCGCGAGCCUUAAAGAGAAAGAAAUGGUCGCCGCUUUGUUCUGUAAGCUGGCCAGCCUGCUUCGAUCUAGACUAGCAGCUUUUGGCCCCGACGUCCGCAUCACCGUUCGCUGUCUCCAAGUCCUCGUCAAGGGCAUUGACGCUAAAUCUCUGGUCAAAAACUGCCCGGAAUUCAUUCGGACUUCAAUGCUGACCUUUUUCAACAACAUGGCCGACGAUGUUGGGCACACCAUCAUUAAUUUGCAGGAUGGCAAGUACGCGCACCUCCGCGGUACCCAUUUGAAAACGUCUACAUCUCUUGGAUACAUUAACGGAGUACAAUUACCUGUACUGACUGCUAUGUUCGAUCACCUAGCGAACUGCGAAUACGGAUCAGAUCUGCUUUUGGACGAAAUUCAAGUUGCGUCAUACAAGAUGCUCGGGUCACUCUACACGUUGGGCACUGAUGUAACGCUGACCCACGACCGCAAGUACUUGAAGACGGAGAUUGAAAGACACAAGCCUGCUUUGGGUUCGUGUCUGGGCGCUUUCAGUUCAACCUUCCCCGUGGCGUAUCUGGAGCCGCAUCUCAACAAACACAACCAGUUUUCUCUGCUUAACAGGAUCGCUGAGCAUUCGCUCGAGGCCCAAGAUAUAAUGGCGAAAAUGGAGCAAUCUAUGCCGACUCUAGAGACGAUCUUGAACGAAGUGGACCAAUUCGUUGAAUCAGACAAGACGUAUAAUGAAGCGCCGCAUAUUAUCGACGUGGUCCUGCCAUUACUGUGCUCUUACCUGCCGUUCUGGUGGGCGCAGGGACCCGACAACGUCACCCCUACUGGAGGGAACCACGUUACCAUGGUAACGGCGGAGCACAUGAACCAACUCCUCAAGAACGUGCUCAAACUAAUCAAAAAGAACAUCGGCAAUGAAAGCGCCCCGUGGAUGACGAGGAUCGCCACUUACACCCAGCAGAUCAUCAUCAACAGCUCCGAAGAGUUGCUCAGGGAUUCCUUCCUGCCUCUCGCCGAGAGAGUCAGGAAACGAACAGACAAUAUGUUCCACAAGGAAGAGAGCUUGAGGGGCUUCAUAAAGUCCUCGACCGACGACACUUCGCAAGUAGAGUCUCAGAUACAAGAAGACUGGCAGUUACUGGUGCGAGACAUCUACUCCUUCUAUCCGCUUCUCAUCAAGUACGUGGACUUGCAGAGGAAUCACUGGUUGAGGAAUAAUGUUCCAGAGGCCGAGGAGCUAUACAACCACGUGGCCGAAAUCUUCAACAUCUGGUCGAAGAGUCAAUACUUCUUGAAGGAAGAACAAAACUUUAUAUCGGCAAACGAAAUCGAUAAUAUGGUCUUGAUAAUGCCAACAGCCACACGCCGAGUCACGGCCGUGGUCGACGGCACGUCGCAAAGUGGUGGGAAGGUGCGAAAAAAGAAGAAGCAUCGCGACAAGAAACGUGACAAGGACAAGGAAGUUCAGGCGUCUCUGAUGGUCGCCUGUCUGAAGCGGUUGCUGCCGGUAGGACUGAAUCUCUUCGCUGGAAGGGAACAGGAACUGGUACAGCACUGCAAGGAUAGGUUCCUGAAGAAAAUGUCCGAGCAUGACGUUGCCGAAUUCGCGAAGACCCAGCUGACGCUACCGGAUAAAAUAGACCCGGCCGACGAGAUGUCGUGGCAACACUACCUCUACAGCAAAUUAGGGUCGAAAAGCAAGACUGCCAUCACUCUGGAGAAUGCCGAGAACAAAGCGAAAAUCAUCGACGACACCGUUGAGAGGAUCGUCGCGAUGAGCAAAGUGCUCUUCGGAUUGCAUAUGAUCGACCAUCCGCAACAAAUGAGCAAGAACGUUUAUCGAUCAGUGGUCUCCAUACAAAGGAAGAGGGCCGUGAUAGCGUGUUUCAGACAGACGUCCCUACAUUCGCUGCCGAGACAUCGUGCUUGUAACAUCUUCGCGAGGACUUAUUACGAGCUGUGGCUGGAGGAAGAAAACAUCGGACAAGAAGUCAUGAUUGAGGAUUUGACGCAAUCGUUCGAGGAUGCUGAACUCAAGAAGAGUGAUGUGGUAGAGGAGGAUGGGAAGCCAGAUCCACUGACCCAGUUGGUCACGACCUUCUGCAGGGGAGCUAUGACGGAACGGUCCGGAGCCUUGCAGGAAGAUCCACUGUACAUGUCGUACGCGCAUAUCAUUGCGAAGUCAUGCGGAGAAGAGGAGGAGGAAGGAGGCGGAGAGGAGGAGGAGGGAGGAGGAGAAGCGGAAGGGGAAGAGGAAGGUCGGGCCAGUAUACACAAAACUGUGGAAAUGUUUAUGGAGCAAGAAAUGGAGAAGCAGAAGCUACUCUUCCACCAGGCGAGGCUCGCCAACAGGGGGGUCGCGGAGAUGGUGCUCCUACACAUAUCUGCGUCCAAGGGGGUGCCCAGUGAAAUGGUCAUGAAAACGCUACAGCUCGGCAUAUCCAUACUGCGCGGCGGGAACAUUGACAUACAGAUGGGAAUGCUGAACCAUUUGAAAGACAAGAAAGACGUGGGCUUCUUCACGUCCAUAGCUGGCCUCAUGAACUCUUGCUCUGUGUUGGAUCUGGAUGCCUUCGAAAGGAACACUAAGGCUGAAGGUCUCGGGGUGGGGCUGGAGGGAGCCGCCGGCGAAAAGAACAUGCACGACGCAGAGUUCACGUGCGCUCUCUUCAGAUUCAUCCAGCUGACUUGCGAAGGGCACAACUUGGAUUGGCAGAACUACCUCCGGACCCAGGCCGGGAACACGACUACCGUGAACGUCGUGAUCUGCACUGUGGACUACCUGCUACGUCUCCAGGAGUCCAUCAUGGACUUCUACUGGCACUAUUCGAGCAAGGAACUGAUCGACCCGGCCGGUAAAGCGAACUUCUUUAAGGCGAUCGGCGUCGCUUCGCAAGUCUUCAACACGCUCACUGAAGUCAUCCAGGGACCUUGUACUCAGAACCAGCAGGCCUUAGCCCACUCCAGACUGUGGGACGCUGUGGGAGGGUUUCUCUUCCUGUUCUCGCACAUGCAGGACAAGCUGUCGAAGCACUCGUCACAAGUGGACCUGCUGAAGGAGCUACUCAAUUUGCAGAAGGACAUGAUCACCAUGAUGCUUUCGAUGCUCGAAGGAAACGUCGUCAAUGGUACCAUCGGUAAGCAGAUGGUGGACACAUUAGUAGAGUCGGCUUCAAACGUGGAACUGAUCCUCAAGUACUUCGACAUGUUCCUGAAGCUGAAGGACUUGACCUCUAGCGCCAGUUUCCAAGAAAUCGACGCCAAUAACGACGGCUGGGUCCUGCCGAAAGACUUCAAAGAGAAGAUGGAACAGCAAAAGAGUUACACGCCCGAAGAGAUAGAGUUCUUACUCGCUUGCUGCGAGACGAACCACGACGGUAAACUUGACUACGUGGGCUUCUGCGACCGUUUCCACGAACCGGCCAAAGAAAUCGGCUUCAACCUUGCCGUACUGCUGACCAACCUCUCGGAGCACAUGCCCAACGAACCAAGAUUGGCCCGUUUCCUGGAAACAGCUGGCUCGGUGCUGAACUACUUCGAGCCAUUCCUCGGCCGCAUCGAGAUCAUGGGUGGAUCGAAGCGCAUCGAACGAGUCUACUUUGAGAUCAAAGAAUCUAAUAUUGAACAGUGGGAGAAGCCGCAGAUCAAGGAAUCAAAGCGCGCGUUUUUCUACAGCAUCGUAACCGAAGGCGGCGACAAGGAGAAGCUGGAAGCGUUCGUGAACUUCUGCGAGGACGCCAUCUUUGAGAUGACCCACGCGUCGGGUCUGAUGGCCGCUUCGGACGACACCGCCGGCGGACCUAAGAACAGGGAGGCCAGCUACAUGUACAUGGGAGACGACGAUGAUGAUCGUGCCGGCAAGGAUCCGUUCCGUCGCGGCAUCCAAUCAGUGAAAGACGGCAUCUCCACGGCGUUCUCGUCUUUAUCACCGUCGAACAUAAAGGCGAAAAUUGCAGAUCUACAGCAAAUGCCACCGGCAGAAUUGGCCGUCGGCUUCUUCAAAAUGUUCUUCUAUAUGUUCUAUUACUUGGGCUAUGGAGUGCUGGUCGUUGUCAGGUACAUAUUCGGAGUGCUCCUUGGACUAAUGCGGGGCCCGCAGGUGGAGGAGCCACCACCAGAGCCAACUGAAGAGGAGAAAAUCGGUCAGUUAAGACACAGGUUGCUCGCGAAUCAAAGUCCGAGACAUCUGCCAGCUUUACCGCCUGCUGAUGACACUGGACAGAUGCAAGUCUCGGCCUUCGGUUUGGACAUAACUAAAGAAGACAACGGGCAGAUCCAGGUGAAGCCGCACGAGUCUCCUACUACAUCGACGCCGUCUUCAGGUGAAGAGGCUGACGCGUCUCUCGACGAGGGACUGGAACACUCCGAAGAGCAACGACCACCGUCGCUGAUCGACUUAUUAGGCGGGGAACAAGCAAAGAAACAAGCUCUAGAGCGCAUUGAGGCUCAGGCCGCGCAACAGGCCGCCAUGUCGGCGAUCGAGGCCGAGAGCAAGAAGGCCGUCCAGGGUCCUGCUUCGUCGUCAGCUCUCUCCCAAGUGGAUCUGUCGCAGUACACACGGCGAGCCGUUUCGUUUUUGGCCAGAAACUUCUACAACUUGAAAUACGUGGCCCUCGUGCUGGCUUUUUGCAUCAACUUCGUGCUUUUGUUUUAUAAGGUUUCGACUCUUGAUGGCGAAAAAGCCGAAGGUUCGGGCAUCGGAGAUAUCAUUGCGGGGUCUGGUUCUGGGCAAGGCUCUGGCAGUGGUGACGGAAGCGGCGAAGAAGACGACGCAUUAGAAGUGGUACAUAUCGAUGAAGACUUCUUCUAUAUGGAGCACGUCAUCAAAGUGGCAGCGGUCCUGCAUUCCAUCGUGUCCCUGGCUAUACUGAUCGGGUAUUAUCAUUUGAAGGUACCGCUUGCGAUCUUCAAACGCGAGAAGGAAAUAGCUCGUAAACUGGAGUUUGACGGCCUGUACAUCGCCGAGCAACCCGAAGAUGAUGACUUCAAAAGUCAUUGGGAUAAACUCGUCAUAUCCGCUAAGUCCUUCCCUGUGAACUAUUGGGACAAAUUCGUGAAGAAGAAAGUACGAGCUAAGUACUCUGAGACCUACGACUUCGAUUCAAUAUCGAAUAUGCUCGGGAUGGAGAAGACUUCGUUCUCAGCUCAAGAAGACGAAGGCAGCAAGGGGUUGCUCCACUACAUUAUAAACAUCGACUGGCGUUACCAAGUGUGGAAGGCCGGCGUCACGAUAACGGACAACUCCUUCUUGUACUCGCUGUGGUAUUUCGCUUUCUCGGUCAUGGGAAAUUUCAAUAAUUUCUUCUUCGCGGCCCAUCUACUGGACGUCGCCGUCGGCUUCAAGACUCUAAGGACGAUUCUUCAAUCAGUAACACAUAAUGGGAAACAGCUCGUCUUAACAGUGAUGUUGCUUACGAUCAUCGUGUACAUAUACACUGUGAUCGCUUUCAAUUUCUUCCGCAAGUUCUACGUCCAGGAGGAAGAUGACGAGGUCAACCGGAACUGUCAUGACAUGCUGACGUGCUUCGUGUUCAACCUGUACAAGGGAGUGCGCGCCGGCGGUGGUAUCGGGGACGAGCUGGAGCCGCCCGACGGAGACGACUCCGAGGUCUACAGGAUCAUAUUCGACAUAUCCUUCUUCUUCUUCAUCAUCGUCAUUCUGCUGGCCAUUUUGCAGGGUUUGAUCAUCGAUGCCUUCGGUGAGCUCCGUGACCAGCUCGAGUCCGUGAAGGAGGACAUGGAGUCCAACUGCUUUAUAUGCGGCAUCAAUAAAGACUACUUUGAUAAGGUUCCACAUGGGUUCGAUACGCACGUGCAGCGAGAACAUAAUUUAGCGAAUUACAUGUUCUUCCUUAUGCAUCUCAUCAAUAAACCAGACACGGAAUACACCGGUCAAGAAACAUACGUAUGGAACAUGUACACGCAGCGUUGCUGGGACUUCUUCCCGGUCGGUGACUGCUUCAGGAAGCAAUACGAAGAUCUUAUGGGAGAAUAAACAGGAAACAAAACAAACAACAUAGGAGAUUUUAGUACAAACCUGUCAAGUGGCAUUACGAUCGCUUUUCAUUGACAAUUACGAAAUUAAUUCUGUCAAUGUCACUGUCACUUUCUCUCCAAUAUGCCAUAAUAAUAUAAAGGAGAUGAUCGGUAAAAUCGUUUUUCAAAUUUUCGAUGACUAAUGUCUUGCCAAAUUAACAAUGCAGUCUUACAGAAUGUAUUUUUAGUGGAUACUAGAGAUAAUUUAUAAAAAAUCGUUAUUUGUCAUUAAGUCUAACAGCGCUUAAAAGUUGGAAUUUUGUCAGUUAUUAAAUAAUAGGCUUAUCUUAAAUACUUGCCAAUAAAUAUUACCGUAUCCACCUUAAAUGCUUUUCAAUUGUUUAUGUACGAUAAGACAAUUUAAAUACUAUUCCGAUCGGUUCUAUAACCAAUUUUAAUUACAUUUUAUAUUAUUAAUUACUUCAAGCUAAAAAUUCGCCUAUAAAAAAACCUUUUAAAUUGUAAAAUUUCAUUCGAUUGCCCUUAAAGUAAACAGAUAUAAUGCAAAUUUAAAUUGUUGGUAAAUCAAAUUUAAAAAAAAAAAAUACUUUGCUCAAACCGUUUUAACUUUAUUGCAUUCUCUUGCGUUGCAUUGCCUAGCAAAAAAAAUCCGAACUUAGGUAAUCUAUAUAAGUAUCUAAGCAAAAUACGUAAGAGCUUACGCAAAUUAUUAGCUGUGUACAGGUGUUUUGAAUGUGUAUUUAGAUUUCAUAAAAAUAUAUUAAACUCGAACAUUUUAUUUGGUCCAUUGUAUCUUGAGAACUUACACUUAUAAUUCGUUUGUUUAAAUCGUGAGUGACAUUGACAGAAGACAUAUGACAUCUUCAAAACAUCUGUAAUUUGACUAAUUUUAUUUAAAAAAAAGUUUACGAAAAUUUUAUAUUUUAUAGGUACAAAGUUUGAAGUUAUUUGUCGAACAAAAUAAAAUGUAGUUCGAGUGGCCUUUCCAUGAAAUAAUAAUAUUUGUUUAAUAUUACUUAUAUUACUUAAGAUAAUUUUAUUGUAAAGCUAAAUAAAUUGAAUAUUAUU